AUGGUUAAAGUAAACAUAAAAAAAAAAAUGAUUAAGUCACCUACUUUUUCCGCAAGAAUACUUUGAAACAUAUCAGUAUGUAUACGUAUUAUCUUCCGCGGUAGUAAUUCAAUAAAUACUGCAAUUUUCUUUUCUUGUACCCAUUUUGAUGUCAGAUCAAUCUUAAGUAGAUUAUCUAAAUUUACCUUUUUUAUUUCAGAGAGUAUUAAUUUGCAAUUUACUUGGCUUGGCGAACGAUAAUAUCUUUUAUGAAAAUUUGAAAAGAAAGUUGGCAGAAAUGCUAAAUUCGGAAGAGAGCGUAAAAACAAUUGAGGAUUUGGGACUUCUUGAAGAAGAUUUAGUAUUGAAAUUAAAUACUCCUCUUGAUACUCUGACACAUUAUUUAUCGAAAAAGCUGUGCUAUGAUAAAAAUGAACGAGAUCUUGUAAUUCUAAGGCACGAUAUUGGAAUACUUUGGCCAGAUAACAGAAGAGAAAACAGAGGAAUUAAUUUAGUAUUGUAUGGUGAACCACGAGGUUAUUCUGCCAUGGCGCGCACUGUUGGGUAUCCGACGGCAAUUGCAGUUAAAAUGAUUCUUGAUGAUGAAAUUCAACAACGAGGUGUGGUUCUUCCAUUUACUCCUGAUAUUUAUCGGCCUAUACUUAAUCGAUUAAAAGCUGAAGGAAUAGAAUUCUUUGAGACAUCCACGUGGGUUUGACAUAUUUGUAAUAUUAAUAAAUAAUUUUAAAUAUAAUAUAUUUAAAACAGAAAACUUUCGUACUUGUAAGUUAACAAUAUUGUUAAUAUAAAAAGACAACAAUAUGAUUGUUACACAUCAUUUGAACAAACUUUUAUCAUAGUGACAGUACUAUGAAAGUAAGAUUAUAUUUUAUAUUAUUAUUACUUAAUACAUGUAUAUUAUUCCUUUUCAAUUUAAUUAUUAAGCAUUUCAAUGACUAUGACGAAUGUAUGUAAUGAACUUGUAUAUAAAAUAUAUAAUGAACUUGUAUAUAAAACAAAGUAAUAUUAUUUAUAUUAUCUUGAAAAUAUAAAAUUAUUAUUUGGUUAGGUGUAGGUUAGGUUAUACUAUACUUUAUAUCAACGAUUUCCUAUGUUACGCGUAUCCUUGAGGGUACCUAGCAAACUGAUUUGUGAUACACGAAAAUAUUGAUAAUGGCACAGACGAGAUAUAUGAAUAAACCAAGUAUCCAAUGUAUUUUUUCGGCCACGAUGUCCCGUUACCAUUUUC